GUUACAAACGAAUCAAAUACUUCUAUGUAAAUGUAAUAGUUUGAAUGACUAAAGCUCAGUUGUUCCGAGUGCUUUGAAGAGUGAAGAUGGUUACGAAUUUUUUAAUAACAAGAAAAUUAUCGAGAAGCAGUUUCUAACUGUAAAGACGAGGACAUAACUGUGUGAGCGAUCCAGAUAACAGCAGGACAUCGAAUCCUGUGAGGAUUCGUUCCGCUAUCGUGAUAUCCAGCCAGUCUACAAUCAUGUCUUUCACAUUGCAUAAAAUAUUGCACAUGAUUGUGUUAUCAAGGUUAACGAUGACCUUGACGUUGACGAUUGAAGCAAGAGCAUCCGGUGUUGGCAAAGCAUGGGAUGUUUCACCAUCACUACAACCUAAUUCUCAUCGUCUGUCCUGGCCUCGUAAGGAGGCCUCUUCCUUGGAAAUACGCACUAUCAGUGGAGUGGGGCGACUACCUCAACAUUACAAGGACACUUUUCAAUCGGAAAUAGAAAACACUGAUUUGAUGAACAGACUGCGAAAUUCACGAGUGGAAGCAGAUGAAGUUGAUGAAAUCGACUUUGAAAGACAAGAGCGGAAGUUAAAUUCUUAUCUUCGAAGGAUAGACACGACAAAGCUCAAAGAAUUACUUUCUGAUGAGGAUAAACUUGAAUACAGCAUAUUCACAGAAGCAGAAUCCCGAGUUCGUCGUGACCUAGAGCCAAAAAUGGAACAAAUAUCAGCAUCUAAAAGUGUUCGAGAAGCUCGACUAAACUCGCCAGAUUCUUGGUCAAAACAACCAAUUUCUGUUGAAUUUCGUCAUCGAACUCCCCUUCAUCAAGUAUUGCCGGACAAUCAGGACAUUGCGGUUUCAUCUAGAAGAAUUCACUUACCUCAAACUGAUUUCAUUACCAGCAAUCGAAGAUAUUUUGCCGAAAGCAGAGAAUCCCGAGACAUGCCAGUUGCUAGAACUUAUGAUGACUAUGACGUUCCAAUUUAUCCAAGUCAUGAUAGGACCUACGAUACGAAUUCUCAAGGUUAUUAUUAUCCAAAUCGUUAUAGAACCGAGAGAGAUUAUCGAUACCGAGGAGAAUCAAUGCCUCCCCCUUAUUACGAACAGUACCCUGUGAAUAAUUUUGAAUCCUAUGAGAGAAACAGGAUCCCGGCUAAACCAAAAAGAAUCAUCUACUACGCAACAUUACCUGAUAUUGUUAGAAAACCAGAAAUGGGUAAUUAUCCAAGACCAUACGACGGUCCACUAAGAGUGCCACCAGGUGUAUUAGCUUCUCGAAAUUCAUUAGGUGGUCAAAAGUAUAUUCGAGAACCCAGCAUGCGUCCUUUCUUUAGAUAUCCCUAUGAUAAUUAUGAUUAUGAUGGAUACAAGCGGCCAUCAUUUUAUGAUCGAAUCAGUCCUUAUCACAUGGAAAGUGGACAUCGAACUCCUUCAGAUCGGGAUUUGGUACCAACUCAUAAAGAAAAUUUAAGGAGAGACGAUGAUAUGAUUAAUAGUAGUCAAGAGAGAAAGACAAGAGAUAAUCAGGAUAUUCCAUGGCCAAUGCAGAUUGGAACAGAAGUGAAUGUUAAGGAAAAUGGAAGAAUUCCCGGACGAAAGGUUUUUGGACAAUUGCAAAGUUUUGAUAGAUACGAAAGUGCUCCUUUGAAACAAGCUCCAACUGAACCUGACAAAACUAUAAAUCAUGGUUCUUAGAAUAACUUUAAAAAUUAAUUAUUUAGCAAAUGGGAGGGGUUAUUUCUACAAUUCUUCAAACAUUAAAAUAAGUUUUACAACUUUUCAUACAGUACGUAUUAUUCUUGUUUUAAAAAUUAUGCAAAUUUAAAAUGUUUAGGAAAUUGAAAAGUAAUGAAUUAAUUUAUUUUUAUUCUCUUUCGAUUAUUUUAAUUGAUAUUUAACUUAUUUUUCAUGCACUUUUUCAAUUACCAACUAAUUUCAACAAAAGAAUAAAUAGUACUGUUCAGAUAUAUACUGACAAUAAUAAUUGUACUUCAAUUAAUUAGGGAAUUGUGGACCACCUCCAUUAUUUAUUAAUAUAAGUUUCAUCAUCCAAUUUUUAAAAUUUUUUUUGUUCGUCCAAAGUAAAUUUUCCAUCAGCAUUUAUUGUUUUUACAAGGAUUUUCAAGAUUUAAUCAAGGAAAAUAUUUUUUUAAUUAUUGCGUGGCAUUGGUACUUUGACUCCAAAAAAAAUUUUUGCAUCAAAUUUGAAUUACUAAAUAAUACAAAGCUUUUUGUAAAAUGAAAAAUUUGGAAAAUUGUGAGCCACGUUUUUUGAGGAAGUAAAAGUAUACUCUUUGGUAAAACUGAAAUUUCUUUUAGGUACAUAAGUGAUAAUUUUGGGAAACUGACUAUGAUAUAUAUAUGUUACUUUAUACCUUCUGCUGACAGGAAAAAUUUGAAAAAACAAAUUUUUGUGUAAGAUAUAUAUUGAGCUAAGAUAAAGUGUGUCCCACAAUACUCCAAUCUGCCCUAUAUUAUUUAAAUUUGUAUGAAAAAUUAUUUCGCUUGUAAUAACAUUACAAUUCUUAUUCUACAUUAUAAAAUAAAUGUGUAUUAUGGAA